GGAGGAGGUGUAGUUUGUGGCGGCUGCAUCUGCAUGGCGCUGGGGGGGGAGGUGACGCUCGGCUCGGCUUCACGAUGAUCGCCGUGUCGUUUAAAUGUCGCUGCCAGAUCCUGCGCAGGGUGAACAAAGAUGAGGGGCCGUACACCAAACACUCUGCCGGGUCAAGACCUCCAGAUGGAGCGCUGGCCAUCAGGAGGCAGAGUAUACCAGAUGAGUUUCGGGGCUGCUCGGUGGUGGAGCUGAUGAAGAAGGAGGGGACGACGCUCGGACUGACGGUGUCAGGCGGCAUCGACAAAGAUGGGAAACCCCGGGUUUCAAACCUGCGACAGGGAGGCAUCGCUGCCAGGAGCGACCAGCUGAACGUGGGCGACUACAUCCGCUCUGUCAACGGCAUCAACCUGGCCAAGUUCAGACACGAUGAAAUCAUCAGUCUGCUGAAGAACGUGGGGGAGCGGGUCGUCCUGGAGGUCGAGUACGAGCUGCCGCCCGUCUCGGUGCAGGGGUCAGGGGUCAUGUUUAAGAACGUGGAAGUCACUCUUCACAAAGAAGGAAACAGCUUUGGAUUUGUCAUCAGAGGUGGGGCCCAUGAAGACAGGAACAAGUCUCGCCCCAUCGUCAUAACAACCAUCAGACCAGGUGGACCGGCCGACAGAGAAGGAACCAUCAAACCGGGCGAUCGGUUGCUCAGCAUCGAUGGGAUUCGUCUCCACGGUAGCACGCUAUCAGAGGCCAUGAGCAUCCUGAAGCAGUGCGGGCAGGAAGCUACACUGCUCAUCGAAUACGACGUCUCUGUGAUGGACUCAGUUGCCACGGCGUCGGGGCCGCUGCUAGUGGAAGUUGCCAAGGCGACAGGCUCCAGUCUGGGCGUGGCUCUGUCCACCUCCAUGUUCUGCAGCAAGCAGGUCAUCAUCAUCGACAAGGUCAAACCAGCCAGCAUAGCAGACAGGUGUGGUGCUCUUCAUGCAGGAGACCACAUUCUGUCUGUUGAUGGGAAGUCGAUGGAGUUUUGUUCUCUGGCUGAAGCCACUCAGCUGCUCUCUGCCUCCUGUCAGACUGUCCGCAUGGAGAUCCUGCCGCAACACCAGGCCCGACCGGCCCUGAACGCACCACAGCACGUCAAGGUGCAGCGUAGUCCCCGCCCCCUCCCUUGGGAGACCGGAGGUUCUGCUCCCAUCCUCCCUCCCUACCACUACAACACGUACCACCCUGACCAAUCAGCUGCCAGAUCGCACAACCGCCAUACAAACAACCCUCCUCUCAGUCACUCGUUCUCUCCUGGCUCCAUGUCAGCCUAUAGUCUCUCAUCCCUCAAUAUGAGCACCCUGCCCAGGAACAUGUAUCCCACGAGUCCACGGGGCACGCUGAUGAGGAGGAAGGCCAAGAAGAAGGACUUCAAGAGCUCAUUGUCCCUCGCAUCCAGCACCGUGGGUCUCGCUGGACAGGUUGUUCACACGGAAACCACAGAGGUGACGUUGCUAGGCGAUGGCAUCAUGGGGUUUGGCCUGCAGCUGCAGGGCGGAGUCUUUGCCACGGAAACGUUGUCCUCUCCACCGCUCAUCGCUUACAUCGAUCCGGACAGCCCGGCCGAGAGGUGCGGUAUCCUGCAGAUCGGUGACAGGAUUUUGUCCAUAAAUGGAGUUCCUACUGAAGACUCCACUCUGGAAGAAACCAAUCAGCUGCUCAGAGACUCGUCCAUCACUGCUCAGCUCACGCUGGAGAUCGAGUUCGACGUGGCCGAGUCGGUCAUCCCCAGCUCAGGAACGUUUCACGUGAAGCUCCCGAAGAAACCAGGGGUGGAGCUGGGAAUCACCAUCAGCUCUCCGUCCAACAGGAAACCAGGUGAUCCUCUGAUCAUCUCUGACAUCAAGAAAGGCAGCGUCGCACACAGGACGGGGACACUGGAGCUCGGAGACAAGCUGCUGGCCAUCGAUAACAUCCGGGUGGAGAACUGCUCGAUGGAGGAAGCAGUCCAGAUCCUCCAGCAGUGUGAGGAGCUCGUCAAGCUGAAGAUUCGCAAAGACGAGGACAACUCAGAUGAACAGGAGGUGUCUGGCAGCAUCAUCUACACGGUGGAGCUGCAGAGGUACGGGGGCCCGCUGGGAAUCACUAUCUCAGGCACCGAGGAGCCCUUCGACCCCAUCAUCAUCUCCUCACUGAGCAAGGGGGGGCUGGCAGAGAGGACCGGUGCGAUCCACGUAGGCGAUCGUAUUCUGGCGAUCAACAGCAGCAGCCUGAAGGGGAAACCUCUGAGUGAAGCCAUCAGUCUGCUGCAGCAGGCGGGAGAGACGGUCACUCUGAAGAUCAAGAAGCAGGGAGAGCUGUCGAGUCCAAAGUCCUGCGUGAUCGGUCCAGGUCUGGGGUCGGGGCUCGGUCAGGAGAACCAGGACGGGGAGGAGGAGCCUGUCAUCAUGGUUGCGCCUCCGUCAAGCCAGAGAGCGUUCAGCACGCUGCCAUCUGUGGACAGCGCUGUGGAGUCCUGGGACGGGUCCAACAUGGACAGCAGCUUCACCACGCCAGCUCCACCGUUUCAGUCGUCUCCGUACAGUUUCCACGAGUGGCGCAACGCCAAGACAACCAACAGCCAAUCAUCGUCCUCUAUUCGCCAGCGAGCCAAUCCGCUGUCUGAUCUGGGUCUGAGUGACGACGACUGGGACCGCCCACCGCUCGGAGGAGCCUGUAACCUGCCCAGCGGUCUAAUCACUGACAGCAGGUUCACUGUGGGGCAUGAUGGGACAGAACCGGACCAGGAGGAGAACUUCUGGUCUCAGGCUCUGGAGGAUCUGGAGACCUGCGGCCAGAGUGGCAUCCUCAGAGAGCUGGAGGCAACCAUCAUGUCGGGCUCCACCCUCAGUCUGAACCACGACCCCACCCCACUGCGCAGCACUCUGGGACGCCAGGCAAGUUUCCAGGAACGCAGCAGCUCCCGACCACAGGUGACCCCUAGGUCAAACACCUUGCCCUCUGACCCCCAACGCCGAGCCUUUGCCAUGAGGAAGAUGAGGCAGGAAGUCAAUGAGAUCCUAAACCAGAACCCAGUGGAACUCCAUAAGCUGACUCUAGAGAAGGCCUCAGACCUGGAGGACUUUGGUUUCAGUGUGUCUGACGGUUUGUUGGACCGUGGUGUCUACGUUAACAACAUCCGGCUGGGAGGCCCAGCAGAGAGGGGCGGCCUGCGAGCCUUCGACCGAAUACUACAGAUUAACCACGUGAGGACUAGGGACUUUGACUGCUGCCUCGUCGUUCCUCUGAUCGCAGAGUCUCCAAAUCGCUUGGAUCUCGUCAUCAGCCGAAGCCCUACCUCCUCUUCUCUGCUGGCCAAUCACACUGAUGGCACUACCAACAUCAGCCACUCCCCUCAGCCAAUCGGCAGCGAGCUGGGACUGUCGGACCUUUCUGUUGGCCAAGCUGAUGAUGGUGGUCCAAUCAAGUGGAGCCAACCUGGAGAUGGGCUGGGGGCAGGGCUUGGGAUGGGGCAGGUGAAUAAUAGCUCCUCAUAGCAGACAAAAACUGGAUCAAACUGGUUUAAACUGGUUCUAACCAGACUGGAACAGAGAGGUCAAUGUGGAGAACAAUACAAAUCAAACUGCUUUAGACCCAUCCAAACUCAGUUUCAGAGUGGACCCUCAUGGUGCUACAUACACCCUCUGGAUGAACUUUGACCUUUGACCACUAAAGUUUGACCCUUGAACUGCUAAAGCAGCCUGAAAGCACACUGAUGGACUGGAGCAACUCCUCACCUUUUCACCUGAACCAGUCCUGCAAACUGGUACUACUGAUGUUCCUGGAACCAGAACUAUGACUACUGACCCUACUGGUACCACAGCCAGACCUACUGGUCUCGUUGGUUCUACUAGCCCAGAUCCAUGGCCAUUGGUUUUACUGAAAGCCAGAACCACAGCCAAAGGUCUUACUGGUCUAAGAUCAAUGGCUACUGGUUCUACAAGCCUAGAACUAGGGCUGUUUGUCCUACUGAAACUAGAGGCAUGGCCAAUGCUCUUAAUGGUGAAAGACACAUGGGUCCCAGUCUUGGUAGUAACAGAAUCAUGGCUACUGGUUCAAACAAAGCCAGAGGUCUUACCUGUUCCGAGACAUGGCUCUGGCCCAUGGUCUUGGGGUCACAGGACCAUAGGUACUGGUCCUACUGAAGCCAGAGCCACAGCCAGUGGUCUUACUGGUCCAAGACAUGGUUCUUGUUCAUGGUCUUGGUGGUCACAGAAUCACCAUACUAAGCCAGAGCCAAGACUGCUGCUUCAGUGAGUCCAGAACCGUGGCUCCUAGCCUGUCUCGUCUUACUAGAACCAGAAACAUGGCUUCUGGUUGUACUGGCCAAGAACCACAGCAGCACAAAGACUGAUAAGACUCUGUCCAGAAUCCAGAAGUAGCUGAUGGACAGGCAGGUUGCCAAGGAGACAAGGGAUGCUCCGAUCAGGGUGUCUAAGGCUGACGUCAUUGGGAUCAUCCAAACCAGUGCAGAUCACUGACUGGUUUCUUUUCUCAAACCUUUUUACAGGAGGAAGCUCUUGCAUGAGAAACCCUUUAAAACCCAGCACUUUGAUUUACGUCAAAAAUGUACCCUUUAUAUUCUCCAAGCCCAAAUCACUGGUAAAAAUAGUAUAUUAUGCUGCUACUCGCUUUAAAGAUAAUAAGCAACUCCUCAACCUCUGAGCAGUCUGGUCCAUCCGGUCUUUCCAUAACAAAGGCCAAGUAGAGUGUCGUCCUACUAAAGGCAAAAAUAUUUAUAGCUGUUCAGAAUAGUCGCACUCAGCAUUGAUGGAAAGGGAAUUACCAACAACGCUGCAGAUGCUGUUCAACAAUCUGUAAAGCACUUUGUUUGAGGCAUACUGACGCCUUAAUGCUGCUCCUUUAUCUUGCACAGCUGGUGGAAGCUGUGUGGCAAAUACCAAAAAGGUAUGGUUCCCACCGGGGGUUUCAUGGCAGAACCACUGUGAUUGGGCCAGAAGGUUUGGUUUAGGCACAGGAUUAAAGAUUAUUAUGGUAAAGUGCAAGUGCUGAGAUGGUAAAGUAUAAGCAUAUUGUAGAAAAUGACUGAGUUUUAAGUCAGAUGUGGUUGGUGUUAGGCAGGGUUUAAUGUAGGUCAGAUUAGGAUUAGAAUCGAAAAGGGUGGGAUCCACAACUACUGUCCACUAUUUGGAUCAAGAAAUGUUCACUGGACUCAAGGCCUUUUGCUUGUCUUUGUACUGUUUUGAUCCAUUUGUCAGAGCUUGUGCUGACACUUCAGAAAGUUUUGGUGCAAACCACAUGAUGGCCAAGCCACACAAAACAGUACCUGAUCAAGAAUAACUGUUAAGACCCAGGCUUCGCAGGCUUUUCUUAGGGAUCAAAACUAAAAUGAGUACAUUAUUUUUGGCCUUUUGGUCUCGAAUGGCUGCAAACCGCCAGAUGUCACUGGGUUACUAAUACCCUGGAGCUUCUUUUAAUGGCAUAAACAGAAAAGAAUUCUUAAGGCCUUAUCUGUUCAUAUCCACCAAACCUGUCACCAAUUAAGGUCCCUGAAGGCAGCAUGGUUGAGGCUUAGAUUGAACGAAACCAUUCAGUUGGGGGAACAAAAAUUAUGCAAAUCUUAGACUGGGUUUUUGUAGUAGCAGUAUCGAGACUAAGGCGUCGUAUCAGAUUAAUAAUGUCAAAAAAUGUUCAAACAGUAACCAGUUGAACGAGUUGUAGUGUGGAAGAGCUGGCAGCCAUGAUGGAUGUAGCAGCAACAAAUGUUUUCUUAAUUAGGUGAAUUUUACAAUCAAAAAAAUUAAGUAAUUAUCAGCUGGUACUGAUCGGAGCAUCCCCAAUAAAAUGGACAGACAGACAGACAGAGGGGUUUACUGUUAAGAUUUUAGUUCUGUGCCAUGAAUGAGCUGCAGAUAUGAUGAAGAUGAUGAUGACACCGAGCAGUUCAAUAAGAAUUUUUUUCUACUGUUUACACCUGUUGGACUGGCCACACUGUGUGUAUGUGUGUGUAUGUAUGUGUAUGUGUAAGUGUGUGCGUUAAACACAAGGCCAGUUAAGCCCCUCCCACCUCAACUCCUCGUCUUGGCUUUGCCCCCCCCUCCCGCCCCCUUGACCAGUAGGCAGCCAGGAUGAGAGACAGAUGGCAGUUCUGAGAGAUUCAGCUGAUUGGCUGGAACCAAUCAGAAAACAAGCGCUUCCCUGCCUGUCUGUGAUUGGUUCUGCUCGACACACAAACAAACCAAUCAGCUCCCAGGAUAAAGCCAAGCAUGCCCCCAACCCAGACUUCCCCCACCCCCAAGUAACAGUGAUCUAUUAUGCUAAUCGAUCUGUGUGUUUUUUGAUUGACUGUUGUCAGUUUUCUGUUUGUUUGUUUGUUUCCAUGGCAACUGAACCUAAAAAGAUGUAAAAUAGAUUAAAAAAUGGUUCAGUCGCAUCGCUGUUCACAUCCAGACCAUCAAACCCUGAAAACCUUCACCUCAUAACCACAAAAACAACAAAGUUACACGAGAAAAAAAGUCCUGUUUGAACAGGAAACCUGUGACAGUAAAUACCUGUGUGUGUGUGCGUGUGUGUGUGUGUGUGUGUGUGUGUGUGUGUGCGUUCUCUGGAGUGAGGUCAAGAUCUUCCUGCUCUCACCUCAGUCUGAACUCACUAUUUAAACUGGCCAAUCAGAACCCUCCCUUAGCUCCAACGGCCUGUAGAAACCCUCCCUGACCUGUGUGUUUUGAAUAAGAAAACUAUGAUUGGCUGUUUCUGUGUGGAUAGCUGUGAUUGGCUGUUUCUGUGUGGAUAGCUGUGACUGGCUGUUGUACUCUGUCCCAAACUUUGUUUACAGUGACAUUUUGAAUCUGAAGCACAGUAAUAGCAUAUGUCAGAUAUUAGCCUAAUGUGGUUAUCAUAGGGUUUAUGCGAAUUUAGCACAGGGCUAACAUUAGCUGUGUUUAUCACUUCACCAUCUGCUAAACAUAGCAAAUGUAAGGUUAGCACACGCUAAAAUGGCUAAUAUAUGGUUAGUACACAGUUAAUACAAGGCUAACAUCAAACCAACGUGUUAGUAUAUGACUAGCCUAGGGCCAUCACCUGGUUAACAUAGCCAGGAUGUGGUUAGCACCUAACACAAGGUUAACACAGGGCUAUCAUCUGCCAAACACAGCUAAUAUUUGAGUAGCACACAGCUAACACAGAGUUAACACCUGGCCAACAGAGUGGUGUGUUAGCACAUGAUUAGAACAGAGCGAACACCUGGAUAACGUAGUAUAUGGUCAGCACACUCAGCUAAUGCAGGGCUACACUUUGUAAAUUUACAAGAUAUUUACAGAUAAAGCACGGCUAACACCUGAAUAACUCAACUAGAUAGUUGUCAGCACAGGCCUAAAACAAGCUUAACACAGAGCUAAUACUUGUUGGUCAUGGCUAAUAUUUGAUUACAGCUUAGCUAACGUGGACCUCACCCCCAGGUCAUGUGUUGCCAUAUGUUAGCACAUUGCUAACACAUGGCAAACACAGACAUUUGUUAGCAGCACAGGGCUAACACUGCAACAAGCACAUGGUUAGCACAUGCCCAGAACAGAGGUAACACAUAGCAAACAAGUAUAGUUGUAACACAGGGCUAUCACAGCAAGUCUUUGUCUAGUGCACUGCUAACACAGGGCAAACACAGCUAGUCAGUGGGUAGCAACAACCUCGAAACGCAGCUAAGACAUAGGUAAUAUUCGAUUAGUACACAGCUAACAACUGGUUCACACAGCUCGUAGUUAGUAUACAGCAAUCUAUCGUCAUUUUAGGAUGAAAAUUACUCAAAACUGAGCUCAAAAGCCAACCAGUUACCAUAGCAACAGCCAUGCCAGCCAAGACAAACUGUUCCACCAACUGAAAGAAGCAACAGAGCUGAGGGGCGUGGCUUCAGGGAGGUUUGACAAGUGAGAUCUAAAGCCAUACACACUGUGUUGGUGUGUGUGUGUGUGUGUAUGUAUGUAUGUGUGUGUGUGUGCACGCUCGUGUGCGUGCGCGCGUGUGUGUUACAUUGCAGGGAUUUGCACUCUAGUGAUUCACCUCAGCAAGACAUCCACCCACACACACAGACACACUCACAGACACACACACAUACACAAACACACACAUGCAUUGCACUGCCAUUUGAAAUAGUGGGUCAGAUUAGUUUCCAUGUAGCUUCACCAACCAACCAAACUGUAUUUUUCUUUAAAGGAACAGGGAUGUUGUAAAGUAUUUUUGUACAAAUUUAAUACUUUGGUAGCAUGACGUUCCUGGUGUUUGUCCUGUCGGGCUCCACUGCUCUCCUCCACCCCCCCUUUGUAUGGACGACUACUGAGCAACAAUAAAGAUGAA